AUGACGCUUAAGGAGAACGUGAAGAACCUGCUGGGGAUAUUUAUUGAAGCAUCGAUAGUUUUGAAGGACCCACAGAGGACUCCCUCGCACACCGUCGCCUACUUCGAUCGAGCUCAAAUGAAGGCAUUUGGAUUCUACAUGAACUCGGAGGAACGUUGCAAGCCUUUUCUGCUGGCCUGGAAUUACUUCUUCAUGUUUCAGAUGAUGAUGAAUAUGGCCUCUUUUACUUAUGGACUUUUUGAGUCGCUGAAUGACAUAGUGCUCUUUGGCCGGGACCUCGCUUUUAUAAUAGCAGAAAUCGAUAAGUUGAUCAAUGGCCUAGAAAGGUGCUUUAGUUGGGAAACAAAAGGACCUGUGCGGAAUGAAGUUCUUUCCAUUAAACGAUGGCACUUGCUGCUACCCGCUGGGGUAAUGGGAUCCUGGUUGUUUUUGGUCAUAACUUUCACCCUUAUAAUGCUUUCAACACCUUUUUGGGUAGAGUCCCAGAAACUGCCCUUUCACGUGGCCUAUCCAUUCGAUUUGCACAAUCCAUCGAAGCACCCAAUUGCUCAUGCGCUUAUUUUCGCAUCCCAAGGAUGCAUUACAUUUUAUAGCCUUAUCUGGAUAGUUUUUGCUGACGUUCUAGCUGGUUCCAUUUUUUUCGAGCUGACAUCCGACUUAAAGAUCCUGUGUCUCCAGCUGCGGUUCAUGAAUCGAUACUGUGAUUCUGAUGAUCUCAUGCUGGACAAAGAAAUAAAUCGGCUAGCUUUGUUUCAUCAGCAGAUUAUUCGCCUUGUUGACAGAUCCAAUGAAAUUUUUAAUGGCGCUUUUACAAUGCAACUGAUGGUGAUUUUCCUACUGAUUUCCCUGUCGGGAUUUGAAGCAAUGGUUUCGAGGCACGAUCACGAAGUGGUUGCCGAGUACUUGGUCUUGAUGGUUAUGGCCCUAAGCCACCUCUCUUGCUGGUCCAAGUUCGGGGAUCUUCUGACCCAAGAGUCCUUGGAAGUGGCAGUAGCUGCCUACGACGCCUAUGAGCCAACAAGGGGCAACAAGAGUGUCCACCAAAGGCUGGGACUGAUAAUUCUAAGGGCCCAGAAACCGCUGUCGAUCAAGAGCAAAAUCUUGCCACCUUUUACCUUGGUCAACAACUUGGCUGUAAAUAUUCGUUGA